AUGGCGUUAUCUCAAGUGUCUGCGUCUCUCGCCUUCUCUCUUUCCAAUCCUGCCGCCAUGAAUCUACCCAGAAUCGCAAACCCUACUUCUGCUUGUAGAGUUCACGUCCCGGCUCCGCAACUUGCUGGAACCCGAUCCACCUUCGCUUCCGGCUCUCCUCUCUUGCCAAUCAACUUGAGAAUGACUCGCAGAGGAAGAAGAAGUGGAAACAGAGCAGCAUCGGUUUCGAUUAGAAGCGAGCAAAGCUCAGAAGGUGGCAGCGGUUUAGACGUAUGGCUUGGUCGUGGCGCUAUGAUUGGUUUUGCAGUUGCCAUUACUGUUGAGGUUGCUACGGGAAAAGGACUUCUUGAGAAUUUUGGGGUUGCGAGUCCAUUGCCUACGGUUGCUUUGGCUGUCACAGCAUUGGUUGGUGUUCUAACUGCGGUUUUCAUCUUCCAAUCCUCUUCUAAAAACUGA